UCCAGGCUUUGGAGAGAGAGAGAGAGAGAGAGAGAGAGAGACACAAAGAGAGGACGCCAGAGGGCCAAGAAAACCGUCUCCCGCUGCAGCACAUUUUUGUCUUCGAGUUUAAUUCUCUUUCUGAGACAUGAGUCAGCUUAACACGACCGUCAAGCUUGCCAGCUAGUGGGGUGUGAUCUGGAGGGAGAGAAAAGGACAGCGGAGAACAUGGAGCUGUCAGAUGGCUUGCUGCUGCAGGUCAACAACGGGGAACAGUGGUGUAACCGCUGGAAACAUCCCAACGAUGACUCGGACCGCAGCAUCAGCCCCUCAGUCCUGCGCUGUGUUGCCAGCACAUGGAAGGAGGGCCUGCUCAACAGAAAGAGGCCAUUUGUGGGCCGUUGCUGUCACUCCUGUACUCCACAGAGCUGGGAGAAACUGUUCAACCCCAGUAUUCCAUCUCUGGGACUACGCAAUGUCAUCUACAUUAAUGAGACCCACACCAGGCAGCGGGGGUGGCUGGCGCGCAGGCUGAGUUAUGUGCUGUUCGUCAUGGAGAGAGAUGUCAACAAGGACAUGUUCGUCAGGAACGUAGUGGACAACGUGCUCAACAACAGCAGGGUGGAGAGCUCUAUCUUGGAGGUGGCCACAGUUUUGGACGCUGCAGCCAGCCAGCCUGGCCUGGAGCAAAAAGCAGUCAGUAAAGUGAAGCAAAAAGCCAGGGCCUUCCUUCAGGAGAUGGUGGCCAACAUUUCACCGGCCUUCAUCAGGCUGACAGGGUGGGUCCUCCUGAGGCUCUUUAAUGGUUUCUUCUGGAGCAUCCAGAUCCACAAGGGUCAGCUGGAAAUGGUCAAGAAAGCUGCUACAGAGCAGAAUGUGCCAAUGGUCUUCCUCCCUGUUCACAAAUCCCACAUUGACUACCUGCUCAUCACCUUGAUCCUGUUCUGUCACAACAUCAAAGCCCCUCACAUUGCUGCUGGAAACAACCUCAGCAUUCCUAUCCUCAGCACCCUUAUCCGUAAACUUGGAGGAUUCUUCAUACGACGGAAAAUGGAGGAAACGGGGGAUGGAAAGAGGGACAUCUUGUACAGAUCGCUCUUACAUGCAUACACGGAGGAGUUGUUGCGUCAGCAGCAGUUUCUGGAGGUCUACCUGGAGGGUACCCGCUCCCGCAGUGGUAAGCCUUCUACAGCGCGCGCAGGCAUGCUGUCCAUCGUGGUAGACACCAUGUGCACUGGGUCGAUACCAGAUGUACUGGUGGUGCCAGUUGGCAUCUCUUACGAUCGUAUAAUUGAAGGCAACUACAAUAGUGAGCAGCUGGGCAAACCUAAGAAGAAUGAGAGUUUGUGGGGAAUAGCAUGUGGAGUGUUCAGGAUGCUGAGGAAGAACUACGGUUGCGUCCGAGUCGACUUCAACCAGCCCUUCUCCCUGAAGGAGUACCUGGACUCCCAGAGAAGCCGCCAUAUCCCACCGGCAGUGUCCCUUGAGCAAACCUUGAUGCCCAUCAUUAUUUCGGCACAACCUGAUGCUCAGCUGUUUGAGGGGCAGGAAGAGGAGCAGCUGAACAGAGAGCUGCCCGAUGACAUUUCAAGACGACAACUUAUUAACAACCUCGCCAAGCACGUCCUCUUCACGGCUAACAAGUCAUCAGCGAUAAUGUCCACCCACAUCGUAGCCUGUCUGCUGCUGUAUAGACACAGACGGGGGGUGGUGCUGUCCAAGCUGGUGGAAGACUUCUUCAACAUGAAGGAGGAGAUCCUGUCAAGGGACUUUGAUCUGGGCUUUUCGGGGAACUCUGAGGAUGUGGUCAUGCGUGCCCUCCACCUCCUGGGAAACUGCGUCAAUGUGACCAGCAGUGCAAACCGCAACGGAGAGUUCACCAUCGCACCCAGCCAAACUGUACCAGCGCUUUUUGAGCUCAACUUCUACAGCAACGGCCUUUUCCAUGUCUUCAUUUCUGAUGCAAUCAUUGCCUGCAGCAUCCUGUCACUGCAGCGAGAGAUGGUGGCGGAAUCAGAGUCUGAUCAACAGCCUGAUGGUCCCAGCAGCCUCCCUCUCAGUCAGGAGAGACUCAUCCGCAAGGCGGCUGGGCUCUCUCACUUCCUCAUUAAUGAGGUGGCAGUGGCACCACCCUGUCAGACUAUUUACCAGGUUUUUCAUGAUGCAGUGACCCGGCUGAUCCAAUAUGGAGUUCUCUACGUAGCAGAGGAGGACCAGGAAGAGCUAAGUCCCAGUCCCACAGAGGAACCGUGGCCCAAAAAGUUCCCAGAGCCUCUUUCCUGGAGAAGCGACGAGGAGGACGAGGACAGUGACUUUGGAGAGGAGCAGAGAGAUCGCUACCUAAAGGUGAGCGUUUCCGCAGAGCACCAGGAGUUCUUCGUCUUCCUACAGCGACUAGUCAGCCCGGUGCUGGAGGCCUACAGCGGCGCUGCAAUCUUUGUCCACAGUCUGAGUCAGCCCAUGGCUGAGUCCGAGUACACCCAGAGGCUCUUCAGAUACCUGCUCACCCGCACAGAGAGAGGAGUGGCUGCUUAUGGUGAAAGUGCAACUCAUUACCUGGUUAAGAACACAGUGAAGACAUUCAAAGAGCUCGGGGUCCUGAAGCAGAGAAGAGAGAACAAGGUGACGACUCUGGAGCUGAGCAGCACCUUUCUACCUCAGGCCAAUCGGAACAAACUCCUGCAGUUCAUCUUAGGUUUCGCCCUGCUGUGACCGACACACCCUUUCAGCCCAGCUCAAACCCCAGGCUCCUUCCAAUAAAGGGCUUCUACUGGUUACUUCUAAACAAUCCCAGGUGCUAGUCUGUGGAAAGCUUUACCAGGAAGUGCCUUCAUGUAACAGCCGCUAACUGUUAGCUGUUAGCCGGAGGCGACUUGAAGCCAGUCUUCCCUUUUUGUUCCAGUCUCUGACUCCCUGUCUUAGAACUGUGCAGCUGAUAAAACACAUGUAUCGUUCUUUGAAGAGGAUCUACGGAUCAUCUUCUCUUUGUGAACUUUGCCAGUGAGGUCAUGAAGUUUUAACAUGAUCACAAUUUUAAACUUAAUCAGAAAAUAUACUCAAGCAGGUUAGUAAAUAAGAAUCACUUUUACAGCAAAUCGAACAAAGCAAGCUGCCUUUUCGUCUAUUCAAGUAAACAAGCAAAAUAUUCAUAGAAAAUAAUGGUAAACAUAAAGAACAAAGGCAUUUUUAUGUUAACUCUGCUAGUUUGUAAAACUGCGGUAUUUUCUGCAGUGAACUCCACUAUCAAACAGUAGAAAACAUUUAAAAAUUUAGUUUGAUGAAAGGCUAACUUUGAAAGCAAAUCCCUGUACAUAGGCUACAAGAGCAAGAGUCGUAUUUGUAGUGCAUUUAAAUAUAUGCACUCCGGUGUCAUCAACUUUAAUAAUGUAGGAACAUUAGGUAGAAAGAUUUGUCCCUGCAAAAUGCGUACAUAUCUAAAUUUUCAAUCGCUAAACUAAAUGUCGAAAUCUAAUCCUCCUUAUAGACAGCUUUGAUCAAUUAUACUCCACAGUUACUGGUUUAAGAUAUCAAAGAUAUAAUCAGCAAAUCAGUUCAGCCGUGCAAAAAUAUCUACUUGGCAAACACAAAAUGUACCUGUUGAAAGUCUGGCGCAGCCUAAAAUCACGAGCAUCUCCAGUUAAGUGCAUUCAAACCACUAAUUUCUAAGUGCAUUCAGUUACACUUUUUCGUUUUUGAUGAAAAGUAACUUUGAUCUCUUUUCAUAACAGCUUUUUCACCUGUUGAUCACUGUUACAUAGCAGAGCACUUUGAGUUCUUAAUACCAGCCAUCACAUCCACUUAGGUUCAAAUGUAACAAGCUCAGAACCUCUUAGGUCAUGCCUUUCAGGGAAAGAUUUGGGUUCAUCACCACUUUUUCUUUAAUUGUAUUAACAUAUCUUAUAUAAGCUGUUAUAACAUAACUACUGAGAGAGCAGAUUUGCUCCAAUGGAAGGGCAUUCACAAAAACAAAGGAACUGCAUAGUGUGGUUAAAAAGAAAUGGUACAUAUCCACUGUGUAGUCCAUUAAAACAAAAAAACUAAAAGUUGGCACAAUAGUGUCUCUGUUGUACUUGUGAAAAAAGGAGAGGAUGUACUUCUCCUCUGUAUACAUUUAAAUACAGAUUACUGAAAAUGAAAUAAUACUCCUUAACUGUCAGGUUUAUCUAUUUUUCUUGGUUCAGUGUUUCAUUUCAAAUUUUCAGCACCACUGUCUCACGAAAUCACAGUCUGCAAAUGUUCUAUAAACAAACUUAAAGCAAGUAGAACCAGAUCAUUACAGUUUUUGUUCCAAAAUACACAUGUGAAAAAAAUGGUGUUAGACAGGUUGGGAGUAAAAACUGUGGUAACAGAAUAUCGGUCUUGAAAAUCAAAAACGGACCAUUAAAAGACGUGAUAAUUAAAUCUCACUGCACUGAUGUUGUGCAUUUAGCUGCUUAACGUUAUCCAUUUUUCAUUUUUACUGCGAAAUAACACAACAUGACUUAAUAUUUAGGCCCUGUCUUAUGUGUGUAAUUCACAAUCUGAAGACAUUUAACAUUGAACAUAAAUGUACAACAUAUAAGUUAAUGUUGGUGUAUGAGUGCACACCAACUGAGAGAAAAAAAGAGGAAUGUGUUUGGAAAGGACAAAAAAAAAGUUUGAUACAUUUUCUGGAUUAUUAGAGGAGGUGCUCACAACAUGUUUCUCGGAUUGAUAAUGUGAAGAAGACAAAGUGAAUGUUAGAAAUCGACAUUUAUGAUCUGUCAGGGCAAUUAAAGUCAAUGGGCAUUGGGUGUCUGGUGGUUAACAUUAAAUUAAUAUUUAUACUGAAAGAAUUGUUGACGGUGAUCAACAACACUGCUUGUUACAAUUAACUUAAAUGCAUUUUGUCAACAUAUUGCUUCACAUAAUAUAUAAGGCUGCAUAUUUUCAUGCAGUCAUUCAAAUCUGUGUACGAAAUAACCCUGAAAUGGAAACUUGUGGAGGAUCGGUGAACGAGGCCCGCGGCAUGUUGAAGAACAGAAACAUAUGUCAUUUAAAUGUGAAUGUGAACAAAGUGAUUAUGAAUUGCAUUCAACGCAUUCUGAGCCCAAAAUCUGUUCAAGUCCCCACGCUGGGGGACCCCACCACCAACAACACCUCCGCCAAGAUAAAAAAAAAAAAAAUAACAUUACGUACUGUACUGCAUGUUUCCUCUGGUCGCCUUCAAUCAUCGACAUUUCAAUGUGAACUCCACCUAACCUGAGAAUUGUAUUUUACAGUUUUGUUGCAGAGAAAGAUAUUUGUUUCGGAGAUGAAGUUAAAUUUGUUUACCUCUUGAAUGUAUCUCAUCUGUAUCUGAAAAAGGUCAUUGUGAUAUUGUAGAGUACUCUGGAGUUGGUACACAGACACGAUACAGAUUCUUUGAACUGCUCAUUGGGAUUAUUGUUGAGACUAAUUGCUACUGAAGCUGCAUUAACAACAUCCCUCUACGACUGUAACUUUGUAGGAUUAAAAAAAAGCCUGUAUCUGGGGAGCAGGUGCCUUUUUAAUGCACUGUAGUGUCCUUUGGUUGUGUUUUUAUUUGUUCUGUUCUUGUGCAUGUUAACAAAGAUUAUUUCGUGUGGGAAUCCAAAAGAACACUGUAGAUUGUAAUUUAAAAAACAACAACACGAGCAGAUAACUUGUCGUUGCUAGAAGAAGAAUCACCAGCUACAAUAAAUAAAGUGUCAUUUUUUUUGUUCUUGCUUUCUCCGAGCAAAGCACAAUUGGCAUUAUUAGAUUUUGUUUUUAAAUAAAUUAGUGAUAGAUUAACAAUUGUGUCUUGUCUGUCUUUUUAUGAAUUCAUUUUUAGUCGAAGGAUGGGACAGUAAAUGUUUGGUUAUCUAUGUCAGUAUACAUUUUUUCAAAUUCAUUGAUUUUAUCCAUAUCAUGUGCAGUUACAAAAUGUUUCCU